GGGUUUGGCAGCGUGAUUUACCUGUUGUUUUGCUAGUCCUGCUUCACAGGCAGAGCAUGAAAAGGACUAGCCCGUUCUCACCUGUAUGUGCUGUUUUUUAAGAAGCUUGUACUUGCACAAGGUUUGUUUAUUUGCUUAAUCGUGACUUUAAUGACCUGGAAGAAAAGCCGAGCGGCUCAAUAUAUUUAAUGGAAUAAACACCAAAGCCCUUCUCUGUGACGGCAAAGGAAUGUGCGGUGGGACACAAAGGAGUGGCAGCCGGGCUGCGUGCCCAUCUGGCAAGCCGAGAAACUCAUGGAGUGCUACUAGUUUGUUAGAGAGGAAAUUCAGUGGCUGGGAGCGCAAGGCAUGGAAAGAGAAGCGAGUAAGGAGAAGCAGUUCUGAUACUGGAGCAGAAUUCUAUAUAGCUCACAGCUGGCCCUGUUCGGAUCUUGACUUGAAUUGCAUCCGUCUGAUUGUUUACCAAGACUGUGAGAGAAGAGGCAGGCAAGUCCUGUUUGAUUCUAAAGCUGUGCGGGUAAUCCGAAAUGAAUGCACGCAGAGAGCAAGUGAGGAUGCACCAGCAAAGAUCAGCACAAAGUCUCGCCAGACAAGUAGCAGUGGGACCUGUACCAUCUCCUCCCGCAGUGCCUCAAAUGGUUCGACCCAUUCAAAUAAAAAUUCUCUGCCAAGAUACCAGUACACCAAACCUGCCUCUGAUGUUAAUAUGUUGGGAGAGAUGAUGUUUGGCUCAGUGGCAAUGAGUUACAAAGGGUCCACUUUGAAAAUCCAUUAUAUUCGCUGCCCACCCCAACUUAUGAUCAGCAAGGUGUUUUCAGCCAAAGUGGGAAGCCUCAGCAGUAGUACCAAUACCUUGCAGGACAGCUUGGAGAACAUUAAUCAAGAUGGAGGUGGAGCAAAACUUGGUGCAAGUCAGAGUGGUCAGGGAACAGGUCAAAACCACUUAGGUGUUUUACAGAUGUGUGGCAGCAAACUGCUGCCUGCAAUGUUUGAAGCUCGUCCCCUCCGGCUCAUCCGGAGUGCCUCUUUCUUUGCAGCCCACAGCACACCUGUAGAUAUGCCCAGCCGGGGACACAGUGAAGACAAAGACAGCGGUAUCGCUCGAUCAGCUUCCCUGAGCAGUCUCUUAAUAACGCCUCUCCCAUCUCCGGGCUCUUCAUACUCCAGUAAUUAUGCCAGCAGCUACCAGCGGCGCUGGUUACGGAGUCAGACAACAAGUCUUGAGAAUGGAGUCCUCCCUCGAUGGUCAGCAGAUGAAUCAUUCAGCAUGUCUGAUGAAACAGAUACCUCCAACCCUGCUACGGUUGGCAGAAAGAAAAUUGCAGUCAGCAUCAUCUUCUCCUUACCAGAACAGGAGGAUUCCCAUAGCAGUUUCCAAGAUUUUUUCUUCUCUCACUUCCCUCUGUUUGAAUCGCAUAUGAACAAACUGAAGUCGGCAAUAGAAAAGGCUAUGAUUUCUUGCAGAAAAAUCACUGAAUCAAGUCAGCGGGUUCAGUUCUACCUUAGUCGAGUUAUGGAAGCCCUUGGACACUUUAGGGAAACGAUUUGGAAUUUGUACUCUGUACCCCGUGUUGCAGAACCGGUGUGGCUCACCAUGGUGUCCAGUAGUUCUGAGAAAAGUCACCUCUGCCAGCAGUUUCUGAAAGAGUUUGUUUACCUUUCUGAGCAGCUAAAUAAGAAUCAGUUUUUUGCAGCUUUGCUAACGGCUGUGUUAACCUACCACUUAGCCUGGGUUCCAACUGUCAUGCCAAAUGGCCAUCCUCCUAUCAAAUCCUUCUCAGAAAAACAUACUUCUCAAUCCGUCAAUUUGCUGGCAAAGUCACACCCUUACAACCCCCUCUGGGCCCAACUUGGAGACCUCUAUGGGGCCAUUGGAUCUCCAGUCAGGAUGACUCGAACCGUAGUGGUCGGCAAACGAAAAGAUUUAGUUCAUCGCAUUCUUUACGUUUUAACGUAUUUCAUUCGCUGCUCAGAGCUUCAAGAGAACCAUCUUGUGCACAGCCGGCUCCUGAGGGAUGGAGAGCAAAUUAUAAAUGGCAGUCAAAUGACCACAUCUCUGGAGAAGGGCGAGGUGGAAGAUUCUGAAUAUGUCAUUGUAACUGUUAAUAAUGAACCGGCUCUGGUACCUCCAUCUUUGCCCAGCAACACAGGUGCAACUUCACUGAAACCAGAGGACACUUCUUUAAGGAAAUCUGAUGUGUGCUUCUCACAGCAAGAGGAAAGUAGUCAUACAUUUUUGGGUGCAAAUGAAUACCAAUCUACACAUGGCAGUUAUGGCUCCUGCAAAGAAUACCCAAUUUCUGUUAAAGAUCCCAAGCUGGAGACAGUCAUCCCUGUCACAAGAACGGCAGCAUGUAGUGUUGAAAGCCUCAUAAAACCUGAAUACAUUUCAUCUCCUGUAACAACAUCAAAGUGGUCAAAGACCGGCAACUAUACAAACAUGAAUAAGGAGUCUUCAGUUGAGAAAGUAACUUUUGUUGUGGGUUGUUCUCCAUCACCGGAAGGUUGUAGGAAGGGACUGACAGAAGUAGUAAACCAAAAUCAUGGGUCGUCUUGUGACAACUCCAAAGAAAAAGGUGAUACAGUUGAUAGUCCAGUUACUACACCAAAAAAGACUAUUUAUGCACGGAUUCCAUCCUGUGAUGGUUGUUCCAGUAUAUUUGAUGAGUACUUUACAGAAGGGAAUAGUAUUGAAACCAAUACAGUAGAUGUUCUACCCUCUCAUGAGUUUUUAUCCAAAAAAUUCUUGCCCUCUGUUCCUGUUACGGAAGAAAAACUAAUCAACCGUAUUGACACACGGACAAAUCCCCCCAAACACUCUGCUAAUAUGAGACCUAACGUGUGUUCCUUCCCACUACCUUCUCAAAAUCUCCCCUGUGAGACCCAAUGGGAAAGCAGUGAGGUCAGAGUAGAAGGAGACAUUCCAAGAAAUGAAAGCUGUGACAGCGCCCUUGGAAACAGCGAUGAUGAGUUUGGUACAUGCCAUACACCUUCAGAUUAUCACAGUCACCCAGAAGUGGAACUUCCACUGCCCAGGUCUGACCUCAUUAGCAGCCCAAAUCUGAAAAACUUUAGCCGAUCUCUGUUUGCGGGCUAUUGCCCCACGUACAUGCCUGAUAUGGUGCUACAUGGUAUAAGCAGUGAUGAGAAACUAAAGCAGUGUUUACCAUCUGGUCUGGCCCAUGCAAUGCACCACCCUGUGUUGGAUGAGCCAAUAGCAGAAGCUAUUUGUAUUAUAGCCGACACAGAUAAAUGGUCUGUGCAGGUGGCCAGCAGCCAGAAGAAGCCUUUGGACAGUAUUAAGCUUGGAACUGAUGUCUUGGUAUCCAGUCAAGUGUCCAGUUUGGUGCAGUCUAUCUUACAGCUUUACAAGCUCAAAACUACAUCUGUUUUUUGUGUGAUGCAUCUUGAGGACAAGCUGCAAGAGAUGUACUUGAAAAGUAAAAUGCUGUCGGAAUAUUUGAGAGGACACACAAGAGUCCACGUGAAGGAACUUGGGGUUGUUCUUGGGAUUGAUUCAAGUGAUCUUCCUUUGUUGGCUGCCGUGGCAAGCACACAUUCUCCUCAUGUGGCUCAAAUCCUUUUAUAAGCUGGACUUUACUACAGUCAUUCCAUAGGCUGAAAGGGGGAAUUUACCUUUAAAGAAGAGCGCAAAUGCACUCUGGAGAAAAGAGCGAGAAGAGCACAGACUUGUUUCUUCCACGAAAACCACGAACUCUACUUUCUCAUCCAGGAACCGGUUGAAGUUUACAUGACAUACAAGGCAUUAUGAUAUUCCCUGUGGCCUUAGUUUUGCUUACUGGGAAGGAUGUACAUUACGUUGUACACAAAGACAGUCUUGGAUUUGUAUUCUAGUUUGGUUGGCGAUAAACACGCGAAUAUAGCCAGGCAUUCCUACUGCAGUGAACUUAUGGUGGGAGAGCUCCUUCCAUGUAGCAUGAUUCUUCUGUGUCGUACCAUUUGUUGUUUUCAUGUUUUUUGUUGUUACGUUUGUUUUAAUUUUCUUCUACGGUUCUUUGUUUACUUUUGUUCCCCCGUAUAAUUAAUUGGCAUUGUGUCAUUUCGGUACAUUUAAAACAGGCACGCUUUAAAGAAAGCUGCUUCCAGAUGGAGCCCGUGGUUGUCUCUCUCUUUAUUAGGAAUGGCACAAUCUGUCUUUGGUUGCAAGAGAAUUCUCAAUGUAACCGACCUCCUGUUAGAAGCUAAAAUUGUCCAUUUGCAUGGAGAACCACAAAAAUGAUGUGCCAUUCUUCUAAGGAAAAAGACAACAUUUGGGAGAUCAGCAGGAAGGCUGUGAUACUUUAUUUAUAGAAAUGAUUUACAGUACAUCAAAGAUGUGUAAUUUUAGGCCUCUGAGAACUUGUUGACCUACAACUUCUAGCACCGGGCCCACCCAAGAGCCUUUGGAUUAAGAGAGUUGUAACUGAACAACAUCUGGAGGGCUUCCAGUUGCCCAUGCCUGGUUUACAUACUUUAGUUGAAUGUAGGUGGUUGACAUUGCUGUAAUUCAUUAGCCUACAUUCCUGCAGUUUGCACACGGGGACAGUCUUACUGUUCCAAUUAAGGUUCACAGUUUGCUUUAUUUCUCUGUUUAUCAUUUGAUGCUGGUUCAUUAAAGAUUUACCCAAGUGACAGAUUAAUCAGAUACUAAUGUGACCUUCAAAUAAACUGCCCAGAACAGUUACCAUCUCUCUCUUCCCUUUCCAAGGCACUAAGGCCUAGUUAUCAUUUGUUAUUUUAACAUAAAUACGAAAACUGACAAUCAUGAAUUAUUAUUUUUUUUUAGUUACAAAAUUCUUCUAUUUGUUGGAUUCACUUUUGGAUCUAAUCUCAUUGAGCUGCAGAAUUAUUUCAGGCAAUUAGAGGAAAUGGUUAUGUAAUGUAGUCUAUUCACCAACGCCAUUGAGAAAGAUAUGGGCCUGCUGAUAACUGGUGGGAACAUCUGGUUUUAGGACACUUGUAAAAGAGAGAAAGCAGUCAAAAAUUCACAAGGUCAUCAGCUUUUUUAGAGAGUUAUUUCUAGAAUUGUCUCAUUGUCCCAAAUAGGAAAUCCUAUAUAAAUGAAUAGAUGAUAUCUAUAUCCCAAGUAUGUAGAUAUAAAUGUGUAGAAAUCCAUUUUACACUUGUUUUUCAUCACUUAUGAACUCUAUUUUCUGGAUGGAUCAUCUAUGGCUGUGCCAAAAUACAUACGGCAUAUGUUCUGACCCUCGAGGAGAACCAUUGUGAUGGACUUUCAUUUCGUACAAUAAUCCCAACAUUCCAUGGUUUCAGGUGUCAAAUCCAAAAAAGUCUGUGGUUUCAGGAGUCAAAUCAGAAAAAGUUGCAGUUUUCUGCAAAAAAUCUGAAAAAUUCAUACGAUUCAGAUUUUUUCACAACUUUAUCAAAUUUGUUACCGCACAAGAACUUUUCGAAAAACGUAUUGAUAAAUAAGGGGGGGGGAGAGUCUGUGCGGAUUUGAUCGGAGUAGUUCUCAGAAAAUAGAACUUUUCGGAUUUUGAUAAAUAAUCCCCCUAUAAAUCAGUCUUUCCAAUUGUGAUCUUCUUAAUUUAAGUGUCAAGGCACUUGGCAAAGUGUAAUGAUUGGUAAACUGGGGAUUGUGUUAUUGUGUUGCUUUUUUUUUUUUUAGGACCUAUUGUUUUUUCCUUUUAAAUACUUGAGACUUGGAACCAUUACACUUUAGGGAAAAUAAACCAUGUCAUUGUCUGGGGUAAGAAAGUACUGCUGUUACUGGACUGUUUUUAGAUAUGCACAUUUUUUUUGGUGUUUUUGCAAAAUAUACUAGGUGUAACAAGAAGUCAUAUGACCCACAAUAGGGAAGGAUUUACAAAAGUGGAGUUUCAUAUAGCUAGCCAUUAUCGUGCUGUGCCAGAUCAGGCUGCUCCAAUUCUUUGGCCAAUGAUUGGACCCAUCAGUUGAAGGCUACAUCGAUGCUGAUUCAACCUUCAGGAUUUUUAAAACUGCCACACACUGGUUGGGAGGCCUGAUGGUUUGACCCAUACAUGUCCAAUAAGCUACAGAUGCUGUUUGAAAGAGUGAUGAUUGAUCUGCAUAUGGUCAGCUAUAUAUUCUAGCUAGCCAGCUAGUUGAGGCUCAUCAUAAGGAAUCUACAAAUAGUUCUAAUAGCUCCGCACAAGGAAAGCAAAUGAAAAUCAGAUGGUUAUAGGUUGCCAUAAUAUAUAAUAUCUACACCAGUUCUGGAAAUUCCACUGUAGGGAGAUCUUAAAUGGUAUUUGUUUGGUUCUUGUGCUCCACUAAACAAUGGAUGGAUCAAGAACAGAUGUUGCCAAAACACUCCAAAUGUUUCUGUGUAGUUGACUGAUUUAGCAAAGUAAUUUAUGCUCAUACAUAGGAUAGUAUUUCAGUUCUGUCAUUGGAGCCUUUAGACAGGCAGGAGAACUAAAACAACCCUUGGGCCUCCAGUUGGACAGCUUUGUGUGCUCUUCUUCUCAGCUCUCCUGUCCAGUGAUUAUUUUAGGUGCAUUUGACCUUAUUGUACUAGUUCUUUUGCUGUUGGAGUCGAAGCAUUAGUAAUUGUAAAACUAUCAGAGCCAAAUGCAAGAGAUGCUCAUACAAUACAUAUGCACGUGUCCAUGAAACAAUGUUCAUUCCUAUGAAUGCAAAGAACUGUGGCCCAGGCUGAAGCCCUUAUUCCAGAUACAGGACAUACAGAAAAAGACUGAACCUAAACAGACCUUAAUCACUGUCUUUUUGGGACUUCUACCUCACAGAUUACGGCUUUGUAUGUCUUGUUAAGUCUUAAUUAUUUUUUUAUGAAAUGAUUGUAAGAUAAUGAUAUUAUGACCUGGAAGCACAGAAUGUAUCUUUGUGUCCUGCAAUGGAAUUGCUUUGCUUAUCUUGCUGUAUUUAUAAAUUGCAACGCUACUUCACAAGUGAAAGUGAUUGGAACAUGUCGCGUGAAUGUUUGGCUGUGCUUGUGGUCAUUGGAUUAGAUGUAAGUUUCAUUUCUAGCAGUAUUAGAGCAGGUUUCAUUCUAGGCAAAUAUGUCACAAUGCCUUAGGACUGUGAUUAUUUUUUUUAAAAAAAAUAAACACUAUUGAUUUGCAGAAUUUUUAAUUCUGAAAAAAAAAAAUCCAGUAAUAAUCCAGUAAGAAUAUAUCAUUCAUUUGGCCUGAGGUAAAAUUUACCCUUAAAGAGAAAGUACUUACAUACAGCUCAGAAGAAAUUCCUUUAUUUUACAAGCAUGAAGCAUAUUUGUCCCCGUGUUUUGGAUUUCUUUGUUUUAUUUUCCCCUUUUCGGGUUUAAAAUUAAAAUCUAUAAUUAAGAAAAAAAGAAGGAUCACUUUUGUAGCUGUGAGUGAUAUCCAAACAGAUUUACACCAUUAAAUCGGAAUCAGGUAUCCCAUAAGAUUAUUCAUGUUUUGAAUCUGUGCCUGCCUCUAUUUUCCCCAAUUUGGGGAUUUUUUUAGCUGUUGUAGUCUGUAUACUUUUUGUGGAAAUUGGUGCAAUAAAGCUUUUUGAGUACAAAA